UUUGUACACCUGUUGGAAAAACGUUCUAUUUUUCAACUAAUAUUUUAAGAUGUUCAGAGAUAAACUGCACAUUUUCCCGAUAUUCAUCGUGAUAUAUGUUCCUGCAUCAUUUUUCAUUACGUAUGGUAUUGCCGUAGGUAAUGGCCACGUUGUACCAGGAUUUCCAUAUAUUAGUGACACUGGUACCAAGGAACCCGAAAGCUGUGUAUUUGGACAACUCUUAAACAUAGGAGCAGUCAUUGCUUUGGUUGUAUUUUAUAUACGUUAUCAGCAAAUAGCGACUUACCAAAGUGAUUGCCCAGUCAGAAGAAUAACAAAAUGUAAUAAAGCCGCAUUGAUACUGGGGUGGAUUGCAGCGUUUGGAAUUAGUCUUGUUGGAAACUUUCAGGAGACGAACGUUUUGGUUGUGCAUUUGAUUGGUGCGUUUCUAGCCUUUUUCAUAGGCUGGGUAUACUGCUGUCUACAAACCUAUCUUUCUUACAAGCUACCAGAGAUACCAGGUUCCUCCAGAAAUCUAAGAUCAGCAAGAUUCAUUAUCUGCGUUUUAACUUUCAUCUUUAUGAUAGUCAUUUUAGUGGCAGGGAAGUUUGCAAUGGAGGAAAAUCCGCGGAAAUCGGAUAAAAAGAUCCCUAUAGGUCUGAGCCCGGGCGAAGCGGGUUACCCAGCUUAUCUGACAUCAACUUUAUCGGAGUGGAUAAUUGCGUUUUUAAUUUGCAUGUAUGUGGCCACGUUUACUCCAGAAUUUAAAUAUUUUGAAAUGAUUAAGCCUAAAAUAACGUUCCGGCAGAAAUGUGUUCUUUCUGGAAUAGCACCAAGUCAGCAAUCAAAGACAAACGAAGUAAUGACGAUAGAAAAUGGUGGAGAAAAUUUUGCAGACAGACGAAGUGCAUGUGACACAGGCAGCUUGCCUCCUGAAAGCUGUGUAUUUGGACAACUCUUAAACAUAGGAGCAGUCAUCGUCUCAGCUGUAUUCUAUAUACGAUAUAAGCAGGUAGAAACUUAUCAGCGUGAUUGUCCAGUGAGGAGCAUAACAAACGUUAAUAGAGUAGCACUGGCAUUGGGCUUGAUGGCUGCAUUUGGAAUAAGUCUGGUUGGAAACUUUCAGGAUGAGAAUGUUGUCGUUGUACAUUUGAUUGGUGCCUUCCUAGCCUUUGUGAUUGGAGCUUUUUACUGUUGUCUUCAAACUUAUCUUUCUUUCAAACUACCUGAUAUCCCAGGAUCCUCCAGAAAACUAAUUUUAGCCAGAUUAAUAAUUUGUGUUUUAGAUUUUAGUUUUAUGAUAACUAUUUUGAUAGCAUCAAGGUUAGCAAAUGAAGACAAACCAAAAGAUCUGAAGCCUCGAUGCUGGACAUCAGAUAAACCGGGUUAUGCUGCUCAUCUGACAUCAACAAUAUCAGAGUGGAUCAUUGCGUUUUUAACUUGUUUGUAUGUGGCCACGUUUACUCCCGAGUUUAAACAUUUUGAACUGAUCAAACCUAAGAUAAUUUUCCGAGAAAUUACAAGAAAUGGCGUGGUUCCUGAAUUAGAAUCAAACAAGGAACCCAAAGCAGUGACUAUGAGAGCUGAUGAAGCAAGUGUAAAAUAUUGAAGAUACAAAACAUGAUAAGCCUAACUGUGAUAAAAAUUUUCGUAUAAAAACAUACAAAUGUUUGUCAAUCCCAAAGUUAUUCUGUAAUUGCAAUGUCUAUUCUGAAAAGUCUACCAUUAUUGUUUGAUUUUUAACUAUAAAUGUCUAAGAACCUUAUUCUUCAAUGAGAUCACAACA